GGGAGGUGUAACCACAGUUUUGAUCGUACUAUGAUUUAUUUAUUUUCUUCGAAUUUCCCUCCGAUUUUACACAAAAGAAACGAGUUUUAGGACUGCCUAUCGCAGCGAGCUUUAGGAAGAAUCCUUGUGGUGUUUGGAUCUGUCGAAACUGGGACGCAAUGUCGAAUAAUAAUGAUAUAAUAUACUGUGAAGAUAGACAUGUUAUGCACGAGAACGAUGAGGAUUUUCCCGAACGUGUCUCGGGAAACGAGAUGGACGAACAACGAAAACAGCAAAUGGCAUAUCAGUACUUGUGUCAUCUCGAAGAAGCCAAAACAUGGAUGGAAGCCUGUUUGAAAGAUGAAUUACCCCCGACAACCGAGCUUGAAGAGGCUUUACGAACAGGAGUGAUCGUAGCGCGUUUGGGCAACUUCUUCGCAUCAGACGUUGUGCCUGUGAGGAAAAUAUACGAUCGAGAAUUAAAGCGAUUCCAGGCGCGUGGAUUACAUUUCAAGCACACCGACAAUUUUAUGUACUUCGUACGUGCGAUGGAAAAAGUCGGCCUCCCGAAGCUUUUCUAUCCUGAAACCACAGAUCUUUAUGAUAAAAAGAACAUGCCAAAAGUCAUUUAUUGUAUACAUGCAUUAAGUUUAUAUCUCUUCAAACUUGGUUUGGCUCCACAGAUGCAAGAUCUUUAUGGCAAAGUUAAAUUUACAGAGGAGGAGAUUAGUGCAAUGAGAAAAGAGCUGGAAAAAUAUGGUAUUCAAAUGCCAGCAUUUAGCAAGAUUGGAGGAAUCUUGGAGAGUGAGAUGCCAGUGGAUGAAGCUGCUUUACAUGCUGCUGUUAUUGUGAUUAAUGAAGCCAUAGAUCAUGGUGAUGCUAAAGAAACAUUUCAAGCAUUGAAGAACCCCAAUGCUCAUCUGAAUGACCUUAAUGCCGACAACACAGAUGAAUAUCAGGAUCUGUUGUACAAAGCAAAAGGAUCAAAAUGUCAAACAUCUUUGCUCAAGUCCCCUGGAAGUGAAGAUGUUUAUGAUAAAAUGUUGACACAAUCUGAAAUACAAGGAAAUAUUGCAAUGGCAAAUGAAAUUGUCCGUAAAAGAGAGCUGGAUAACGCUGUUUCAGAAAUUAAUGCUGCAGUUGAUAAUGGAGAUCUCAGCAGACUACUAAAAGCUUUAUUGAAUGAUAAAGCAAAAUUAAGUAGAGUAAUUUCCGAAAAUGGUGAUUGGUAUCAACAGACACUCUCUGAAGUCAAGCAAGGAAAAGCAGGUGUACCAUUAACUCAUGCUGAAAUUCAAGAGGGGAUAGCAAAUGCCAACACAAUUGGGGAACAAUUUAAGACACUGGAAACAAUAAUGAAGUCUUUAAACAAAGCAUUGGAGGAGGGGAACGUUGAUGAAUGUCAUGGACUGUUGAUGAAACCUGAGGCGUUGUUGCCGACAGUUGUUAACCGCAGUGCGUAUCUUUAUUACAAUGAACUAAACAAAGAGAAAAAGAAAAAACAACAGACUGGUCAUUCCUCCAAUCUGACGCACGGUGAAGUGACAGAGCAUGUUAAAGUUUUAACAGCCAUCGCCUGUAUAAAUCAAGCCAUUGAACAAGGUAACGCAUCUGAACUGUGGAAAUGUCUCAUACACGAAUCCGCUAAUCUUCAAAAUGUCGAAGAUGACUCUGUGAACAGAUAUCUGGAACAACUGAUCGCUGUAAAGAAAGAAAAAGGACAGGAUUGUGGUCAGGGAAAAGAUGACUUGAAUCAAGUGGAACUACAGCUUUGCAUCGAUUACGUGAAUACGGAGGUUGGAGAGGAGCAUGCGUUAAUUACCGCUGUGCAGGCGAUCAACAGGACCAUUGAAGAAGAUAAUCCAGCCUCUACCCUGACGUCAUUGCAACAACAGUCCGCCAAACUUAAUAACAUUCUUCCUGAGAACGCCCUUCUUUAUCAAGCUUUACUGUACGCGGAGAAACAGGAAAAAAAGAAGAAAACCAACGAUCCAUCCGCCGAACUGUGGCAUGAUGAAAUUCAAAGGAUUAUUGAUAAAUGCAAUAUUUAUUCAAUGGAGGCUAAUAAACUUGCGGCUGGUGUGACUCAGAUCAACCAGUCUUUGGAGUCUGGUAAUGAACAAAGCACGGUCGAAGCUCUGGAGAAUGCUGACGUGGGACUGCGGGGCGUGACCCGGGAGUGUCAGGCAGCAUAUCAUUCAAGAUUGAAGGAAACCAAGGAUAACAAAGGACAGCAAGCUGGUCCUUGGUUGGAGCAGAAGAUUCCUCAGGGAUUUCUUUAUUACUACAAUACAACAACACAAGAAUCAAGUUGGUCAAAACCUGCUGAAUUCACCGAUAACUCUGGAUUACUUACUAAGGAAGAAAUCCAGACGGUUGUAUCCAACGAGACUGCUAAACAUGGCCGACAAGUUUACCUUCAAGCCAAUGAACCGUCGAUAGUAAGACUUCAAUCUCACUGGAGAGGAUAUUUAGCCAAGAAAACUUUCAACGAAAGAAAACAAUUUAUGACGAAACAACUCCCAGCUAUUAUUAAGAUACAAGCCAAUUUAAAAAGAUGGAUACAACGCAGAAAAUAUAAAGAAAGAUUGGAGGUUCUUCAUAACAACGACGAUUCCGUUGUCAAGAUUCAAUCGUGGACCAGAAUGCAUUUGGCAAGGAGUAAAUACAUGAAGAGAAAACAACUUUACGAAGAUAACUUGCCAUCAAUCAUCAAGAUACAAGCAUUCAUGAGGGCAAAUCUCGCGCAACACGAUUACCGUGCUUUGUUGAGUUCUCAAGAUCCGCCGAUCAAGAUUGUGCGUAAAUUUCUUCAUCUUUUGGAUCAAAGUGAUAUGGACUUUGCUGAGGAAAUCGAACUUCAAAAACUUAAAGCACAAGUUGUUACAGAAAUUCGUUCAAACCAAAACCUCGAGUAUAAUUUGCACGGUAUGGACAUCAAAAUUGGCUUGUUAGUCAGAAACAAGAUUACCUUGCAGGAUGUUAUACUUCACAACAAGAAAAUAAGCAAAAAAGAUCAGGAUCUUCAAUCGCUGGCUACAUCAAAUACAAAAGGAAUAAGAUCCCUGAGUAAAGAAAGCCAGGAGAAACUCGAAGCUUAUCAAAAUCUUUUUUAUCUUCUGCAAACUAAUCCCGUGUACUUAGCAAAACUUAUCUUCGAAAUGCCACAGAGCAGAUCAACGAACUUUAUGGAAUCCGUCAUUUUGACCUUGUAUAAUUACGCUUCAAAUACUCGCGAGGAAUAUCUUCUUCUUAAACUGUUUGAAACUGCGUUAAGGGAGGAAAUCUUUUCAAAAAUCGACAGCAUUCAGGAAAUAGUGACAGGAAACCCAACUGUAAUCAAAAUGGUGGUCGGAUUUAACAGAGGAACGCGAAACCAAGGUUCUUUGAGAGAAUUACUACAGCCUCUGGUGCAAACCGUUCUCGAUGACUCAACUCUGAACACAUCCACGAAUCCUGUGGAAAUUUAUAAAAACUGGAUCAACCAACAGGAAUCCGAGACUGGACAAGCAACGAAACUACCGUACGAUGUAGAUCCAGAACAGGCGCUAGAGCAUCCCGAAGUUCGAAGUAAAGUGGAAGCAGCCAUUAGCAGAUUGACGGCAGCAACUGACAGAUUCCUGCAGAGUAUCACCGCCAGUGUUGACAAGAUACCUUAUGGUAUUCGAUAUUUGGCGAUGACAUUACGGACGUGUCUGGCGGAGAAAUUCCCCAAAGCAGGAGAAGAAGAAAUAUUACGAGUUGUUGGCAAUCUUAUUUACUAUCGUUACAUGAAUCCUGCAAUUGUUGCUCCAGAUGCUUUUGACAUUGUUGACGUCGCUGUUGAUAAAGGAUUAACGGUUGAACAGAGGCGAAAUCUCGGUUCGAUAUCAAAAUUGCUUCAAGAUGCCGCCUCGAAUAAAAAGUUUGGUGGUGAAAGUGCUCAUUUGAAUGCGCUGAACCCGUAUUUAGAGAAAGCUCAUCAGAGAUUUUUGAAAUUCUUUACAGCUGCGUCAAAAGUCGAACAACCAGAGAAUAAGUUCAAUAUUGACGAAUACAGUGACGUGGUUAUGUUGACGAAGCCUGUGAUCUAUAUCUCGAUAAAGGAAAUUUGCGAUACUCAUAAAUUACUGUUGGAUCAUCGCGAAACAAUUGCACCUGACAGUAAUGACCCCUUGCAAGAAUUAUUAGAUGACGUCGGAGAUCAUCCUGAUGUGAAAGAAUUGCUUGGCAAUGUUGAAGUGGCUGAAGGACAGACAGAGGAGGAUGCUUUGCGUGAUCAGGAAAAAACCGAAAUAUCGCUCACAUUGUCCAAUAAAUUUGAAGUCCCUGAUGACGACGAUUCUGAUCUACGUGCUCUCUUCGUAAGAACAAAGCAUCUUAUUGUUGACGUGAUUCGAGUUCAGGCGGGCGAUACUUUAACAGAAAUAUUGGAAACACCAGCGACGGAAGAACAGGAAAAAGAGCACAUGGCUUGGAUGAAACAGAGGGAAAAGAAAGAUUCAAAACAAGGCGACAAAAUAAAAAAAUCUGCUUCCAUUCACGGGGAUUCAAACUUACCAAUUGAGGGAAUAAAACGAAAGAUUAUACGAAAUCUUCGUGUUCUGGAAAACCAGAAUCUUGUAUCAGCAAAGAAUAAUUAUCAGGAUAUUGUCAACGCAAUUGCUAGGGACAUACGAAAUCAAAGAAGAUACAGGAUGCGACGUAAACAAGAGCUUAGGAAACUGGAAACGACUUUGGAACGACUGAAAACAAAAGCGACUUUCUAUGAGGAACAACAGGAUUAUUACAAUCGAUAUAUUGAGACGUGCUUAGACAAUCUCGCUGGGAAAGAGUCAAUAUCCCAACGUAAGGAAAAGAGAAAGCAAGAAGUAUUUAAAACUUCAGUGAAGUACAGCGCUCAGAAAUUGGCGGAGAAAGGUGUUGUUCUUGAGAUCGAAGGACUGCCGAAGAAUCAGUUAAAGAAUGCUUCGUUUGAAAUAACUCCAGCUGACUCAGGAGUAUUUGAAGUCUCCGCGAAAUUUAUGGGAAUCCCUAUGGAAAAAGUGGAGGUUGUCUUUCAGGAUUUACUUCAACUUCAAUUUGAAGGUGUUGCAGUUAUGAAAAUGUUUGGUAAAGCUAAAGUCAACGUAAAUCUACUCAUUCAUUUAUUGAAUAAGAAAUUCUAUGGUAAAACUUGAUUAAAGCGUUCUAACACGAAAUUAACUUAGAAUUUUUAUAAAGAAACGGUAUACGUUAUUUAAUAACUUCACAUUAGUCACCUUGAUAUCUGCACUUCGUAAUAUAUAGCCUUCUCUCCAUUUGUUCAUUGCUUCCUCGACAAGUGGCGGAUGUAAAAGAGUGUCGUUGUUUCUAUAGCGAUCAGUAAAGACUAACAUGUUUAUUACCAGACAAGAUAAUCUCAGACUAUUUUCCAUCGACCACAUGUCAGUGUAGCGCCGGUAACGACCACGUGAAGAGUAGGAUUAUGUAGUAAGGUAAAGAACUGAACGGCUUAAGAAUUGUUGUCUAGUGAUUGUAAUUAAGUGUUUUUGUUGAAGAGAGGAAGGCCAGUAUUUUCUGUUUUGAAUAAAAAUUGUAAUGGGUAUCCCAGGAUAUUGAA